GUUAACACUACGGAUUGCGUGCACAGUGCAGAAGCCAUGAGGAUUUUCAUACUUACCGCUCUGGUGACCAUGGUGUGCGCCUCCUACGAAGAGGACCACGGUGGAUCCACUUAUCACGAGACCUCGAAACCGGUGGAGAUUCCAAUUUACAAAAAAUACGCCAUACCAAUUCCGCACCCUGUUCCAGUGCCGGUACCGCAGCACAUUAAGGUACCAAUUCCGCAGCCGUAUCAGGUCGAGGUACCAGUUCCACAUCCAGUGCCUGUGGAGGUAGUGAAACACGUUGAAAUUCCAGUGGAGAAGCCUGAACCGUACGUGGUAGAGAAAAAGGUACCAUACGUUGUCGAGAAGCCCUAUCCAGUGACGGUGGAGAAACAUUUCGCGGUUCCCAUUCCAAAACCAUACCCAGUCCACGUACCUGUCUACAAGCACGUGUUCCAUCACCAAAGCAAAGGACACGGCUGGAAGCACUGA